ACUCCCGCUCGUUCCCCAGAGUCACCUGCGGCCGCGGAUCCGGCGCUAGCUGCGGGGCCUGUUGAGGAAGCCGAGUGCCCGCGGCCACGCCAGCCUCAGCCUGCGCAGAAUGUCCUCCCUGCCCCGCGGCUUCGAGCCCCAAGCACCCGAGGACUUGGGGCAGCGCAGUUUGGUGGAGCUGCGGGAAAUGUUGAAGCGCCAGGAGAGACUUUUGCGCAAGGUAAAAUUCACUCGCAAAUUGCCCGACAAAGGUAAAAAGAUUUUUGACUCUGUUGCCAAACUGAAAGCUGCCAUUGCAGAACGUGAAGAAGUUAGAAGAAAAAGUGAACUGUUUCAUCCUGUUAGUUUAGACUGUAAGCUAAGGCAAAAAGCAACUGCGGAAGUUGAUGUCGAUACAGAUAAGGCCCAGAAUUCUGACCAGAUACUUGACACUUCAUCACUAGCUCCUGGCUGUUCCUCUGUAGACAACAUCGAGUCAUCUGAAACAACCUCACAAAACCAGGGACUUGGACAUCCUACUCAUGAAGGUGAUGAAGAAACUCCAGAGGCUGAGUACACAGUGAGUAAGGGCCCAGCUUCCAGCAACAGAGACAGAGUGCCGCCUUCAUCUGAAGCUAGUGAGCAUCAGCCGCAGCAUCGUGUUUCAAGUCAAGCAGAAGAUACUUCCAGCAGCUUUGACAACCUGUUGAUUGACAGGUUACAGAGGAGUGCCAUUGCAGACGAAGGUGAACAACAGUCAGAAGAAAACAUAAGUGCUACGAACUUGACAGGCCUUUCUAAUGGGACUCAGAAGAAACCUCAUUACAUGGAAGUGCUAGAAAUGCGAGCCGAAAACCCAGCGCCCCAGCUGCAUGAAUUUAAGACCAAUGUGUAA